UCUUCUCUCUUACGUUUGUUUCCUUCGUAGAUGUUAACUCCCAUCUGAUCAGCCAACGAUUGUUUUAGGUCUCCAUGGAUGGAUGGUGCUGUGACGAUGAAGAUGGCGGCCACUCCAUGGCAAUUCUCCAAUCUUUUGGAGGAUCCUUCUGUAGCACCAUCAGCGAUGAUGUUCUCGGACCAGCUAAUCUGAAGUCGAGGGAUUCGGAUCUUGUCAACUCGGCUGCGUUUCUACUGCCCGGACAAAUCUACCAGGCUAAUCGGCAUCGUUUUGGUCUUCUGCAACAGUGUGCAGCGUUAACGGGAUGCAGAAAACAAGAGCACGAUGACCUGGGGAUGACCUCCGGAUCCAGUAAUAACAUCGACGCACAAAUAGACGAACAAGACUUGUUCAUGGAACAGCAGUUCUUCCUCCACGAACACUGUCGGUCUUCGUCCUCGUCCUCGUCGCUGCAAUCCUUGUCGAUGGACAAUAUCACUGAUUCUUAUGUUUCCAACACUAUGCAAACCUACAACCAGCAUCGAAGUGUUCGGUUCCCAUCUUCCGAGAGCGAGGACGCUGCGAUCACCAGGGCGAUGAUGGCGGUGCUCUCUUCUUCCAACUCCUCGUCUUCUGCUGCGUCUCCUCCUUCGGUGAUGUCAAACCCACAACAACAAGGCCAAGCGAGUUUGCCACGGCGGGCGUUUAGGUCCUACGACUCGGUCCUCGCUCCACACUUGGAACUCAGGAAGAGCUCAUCCGGGCAGAAGAUGUUAAGGAACUCCAUCCUCAUGCUGAGAAGUAUCAGUUCGGUGAAGAGCGAAGAGCAAGUAGAAGGGCGUCGAUCCACCAGCAACCAAUUGCAUCAUGUGAUAUCGGAACGUCGACGUCGAGUGAAGCUCAAUGACAGCUUUGAUACACUCAGUACGCUGCUUCCUCCUGCAUCAAAGAAAGACAAGGCUUCGGUGCUGAUCAAUACAAGGAACUACCUGAACACAUUGAGAACUCAAAUCACGGAGCUGGAGGAGAAGAACCGAAGUCUGGAGACGCAUCUUUGUACAGAUGAAGCUCGUCAAGGCGAUGGCUCCGCUAAAAGCGUGAAAGUUCAAAUCAUCAAACCCUCUGAGCCAACAUCCGAUGUGCAACAAAUCGACAUUAGGAUGACCGUAAGCGUAGAGUGCGACAUCAUCGAGUUGGUUCUCCAUGUCCUCGAGUGCUUCAAAGGGUUGAGAGCUGUAACUGUGGCAGCAGUAGAUGCAUGCACGUACUCUCCCCGAAUGCACAUCUAUGCAAGAGCAAAUCUCAAGUUACAGAUCAAGAGCUGCGACUGGAACGAGGCAUCACUCCAGGAAGCCAUGAACAAGGCAAUAGAUGAAGUCAUAGCAACUCCUGAACCAUUCUGUCUUCUAAACUGAGAUGAGGCUCGCCAAUGUGUGAAUCGGUCUGCCGUCAUCGUGGACUCGUUAUGUACUUCAUCUUGAUAAUAAUAUUCGAUUAUAGUUCUCUUA